GCAGGGGAAAUGUUGGGAUAGUACAGCUCCAAUGGCGAAGUCGGAGGCAUCAGUCGUGACAUAGAAAUGGCGAGUGGGGUCGGCGAUCUUGAGAACAGGGGCCGUGGUGAUGGUUUGCUUGAGGAGGUCGAAAGCGUAUUGGCGGCGAUCGUUCCAAUUGAAGGGUUCGUCCUUGCGUGUGAGUUCGUGGAGACGGUAAGAGAUACCGGAAAAAUUGCGAAUGAACGGGCGGUAAUAGUUGGCAAGGUCGAGGAAGGAACGAAGUUGGAGGAGGGUCUUGGGCGGGGGGUACUCGACGAGGGUUGUGACCUUCGAGGGGUCCAUACGGAUGCCUUCAGCGGAGACAAUGUGGCCAAGGUAUUCGACGCUCGAACCAACAAACGUACAUUUGUUGAUCUUGGCGUAGAAUUUUUGCUCUCGGAGGAUCGAGAGGACUUGGCGAAUGUGCUGAAGAUGGGACUCGAAGGUGGAGCUAAAGAUGAGGACGUCAUCAAGGUACACGACGACACAGACUUCGAGGAGGUCACGGAAGAUGUGGUUCAUGGUGGACUGGAAUGUGGCGGGGGCAUUGUCACGAGGGUCUCGGGGACAGUGCGAUCGACAACGAUGGUUGAGUCCUUAGCCCCUAAUCGAAUGGUGAUCGGGGAGUCAAAGCUGGUGGAAGAGAGGCCGGCUUUGCAGACACAGGCUUCGGUGAUGAAGUUGUUGGUGGCACCAAUAUCAAGGAGGGCCCGGAACUUCACCGUCGAUGCGUCAAGGGAGACGGCGAUAAACUUGAGCUGGAACCGUGCGGUUCCGACACAAGCAGAAGAGAUCAUGGUGUUAAGGCGGCGUUGUUCCAAGCCUAAUCUAACAAGCCGAUCGUGUCGUGCUUGUUCCUCAACGAGAUCGGAGAAGGUGGUGGAGGAGGGGUUAGGGAUGAGAGUAAAAGAGCAGGGGAUACCAGACGUCGUCGGAAGGGGGGCAGGCGGAGUAGAUUGCGUCGCCUGGGGGUCGUCCGAUGGGAUGUGCAUCACCGAGGAGGGGGUAGGCAGACGGAUAGUCGAUGCCAAGUGGGCCACCGGUGGAGUAGAGAUCGUUACCGAUGGGAGAGUCGGCAGACAAGUGGUCGAUCCCGGGGGAGGGUUGCAAGAGUCAGGGGAACAGUGUUCAAGUGGAGGAGGGCCCGGAUGUCACGGUGGAGGGAGAAGUGGAAGUAGAAGGGUCGGCGGGGCGGGAGGGAGCGGGCGUGGAUUGGUGAUGGGGGUGGAGGAGUCGAUUGUGGUGAAGCGUGCGAGAGAGGAGGUCGGCAAGGGGCAUGUCAGGUUCGUGGGCAAGGGCGGUUGCAAGAUCUUUGUGGCAUACUCGCUUGAUGCGGGAGAUGAACGCAAAGUCGGGAAUGACGGUGGUGGGAAGGUGAUGGCGGAGGGAGCGGGGGACCGGUCUGGCGGAGGGAGCGGUGGGACCAGUCUGGCGGAGGUGACAGAAUUGUUCGAGGCAGUCAUCAAUGGUUUUCUGGGGGCGGAAGGUGGCAGUGAGAAGGUUGGCCCAUUGGAGGAAGGAGUGACGCGGUCCUCCGGAGGCGCAGCGGUUGCUGACUUCGGCCAUCCACCAUUUGGCGGCAUUUCGAGGAGGCGGGAGGUGGCAAUGGGAAGCCAGUGGACAAGGGGCAUGUGGUGGAGCUUGAAAGAGUUUUGGAGCUGGGUAAGGAAGAGGAAAACGUCCUCGUGGGGAAGGCCGGAGAAGGGCAUGAUGUCGGCGGAUCAGGAAGGAACGGGGGAUUUCCCCUUCGCGGGAAACGAUCCGGGCGAGGGUAUUGAAGUUGAGGUUAUCGGGGGUAGUGUCGUAGCAGGUGUAAUCGAAUUGGUUGUUGUAGUCAAGGAGGUAGUUGGGGGAAAGUUGUGGCGUUGCAAGGUAAACCCCGGAGGUGACUUGGGAAUAGGUGGGAUGGGGGGUGGGGAUGUGGAGGUCGUCAUGAUGGGUUAUGAGGGGGGCGGAAGGGUGGAGGAGGCAGAGGUGGUGGAUGUGGUGGCAGAGGUAGUAGGAGUGGAGGAGGUCGGUGGGGGGGUGUGGCUGGAGGCGGCUGUGGACGUGGGGUUGGUGGUGGUGACCACCUGGAUGGAGGGGGUAGUGGUUUGGGACUCGAGGGCGGUGGAUGUGGGCACGGUCGUAGAGUUCGCGAGCAAGGCUGUCAACAGACUGGGUGUUGAUGGUGGUCAUAUCGAUGCUGGAGGAUUGGGCCAUGUUGGGGAAGAUGGAGUGGAUGCAGUGGCUGAGGCGACGACUGCGGAUGAGGUGGAGGCAGACGCGGCGGCAGCGGCGGCGGUGGCGGCGGCUGCGCAUUCGGAGGUCUUGGUUUGGCGUGGUGGCAUGUGGAGAUUUGGGAGUGGUAGUGGGUGGGGAGGGUAUUUACAGCAUUAAUUGAUUUAUUCAAAAAUAAGUAAAGGUAUUUGCCAAAACAAUAAAUGAAUAAAAUGGGAAUUA